AUGUCGAGCACCAAGCGCUUCGUCGAGCAGCGCAUCGUCAAAAGGCGUGAGCAAGAGGCAAAGGAUCAAGAGCUCCGCCGACGCUUGAUGGAGAACAACAUCUAUGCAGGCUAUGGCAAAAGCGAGCUCAACGUCGAAAAGAAGCGCAGAGCACUCUCAGAGGCCAAUGAACGCCGUGAGCUUUACAUGGAUUAUAGUUUUGUGAAGACGGAGCAGGACAAGACGAAAAGAGUCCAGAUAGCGCAAUUCGAAGAGCAGUUGGCAGACGAACUGGCCAAAAGGAAAGCCGAGCAAAUGCGCCACGAUAUGGAUCGUCGACGAAUCUGUGACGGCUCCGAAGAGCUGCGGGUGCUGAAGGAAAGGCUCCAUAUGGCCAAGGUCAACAAGGAGCGUGCUCAGCAGCUCCUGGAAAUCGAGGCCAAAUGUGCAGAUUCGUUCCGGGGUUCGAUGGUUGUGGGCUCUACGUUUCAGGUGCGGAAGGAAAAGGACCGCAUAACGGGCCACUUGCUGGCCGAACAUAUGGAAAAUGAGAGGUUGGAGCAGCAGGAGCUGGAGCACAAGCUGGACAUCGAGAAGAAGAGGCAGCGAGAGCGCGUCAAGGUGAUCAACCAGCAGCAGAUUGCAAUGAAAGAGGCACAAAGAGAGGAGGCCAUGCAAGAAUACAUCAAGGAGCGCAAUCAGGUAGAAGAGCUGGUGGCUAAAAUUGCAGACGAAGAUGCGAAGGAGGCGAACGCUCGAGCGGAGAAACAGAUGGAGUCACGUGUCAUGCUGCAGCAGUUCAUGGUGGAGCAGAAGGCAAACCAGGAGAAGUUGGAGGCAGAGGAGAAGGCAGAAAAUGAGCGCAUUGAGCAGUUUGCGCGGGACAAGCGCGAACGGGAGGAACGACUGGAGCAAGAGCGGCAGGAGAAAGAGAAGGAGAAGCUCCGCAUUCUAAAUGCGAUGCUCGGCCAGAUGGAGGCCAACAACAAAGCGGCAGAGGAGCAGCCACUGUCGGAUUGCGGUUGCAGCCAGACUGACGUGAAGAGAUGCAGCAAUUCGGCCGAAGCUGUCCUAGCUUUCGGCAGGGCAUAUGCUGCUGGGGUGCUUUGGGUGCUGGAUUUCGCUUUCAGGAUGCGGAAGAAGUUGGAAGACAAAGAGGAGAUGAAGAAUGCCUAUCUCGUCCAGAUGCGGGCAAAAGAGGAGAAGAUGUUGCAUGCUCGUGAGGAGGAGGGCAGGAUGCGUGAAGAGCUGCUCAAGAAAUUUGCUGAAGACGAUCGCUUGGAGCAGCUCAAUGAGCAAAAGCGCCGCAUGAAGGUCGAGCAACACAGGCGGGAGGCAGAGCGGCUGGUGGAACUUCGCCGCGAAAUGUAUGAACUUGCCCGAGCUCAAGAGCGCGAAGAGCAAGACGCGCUUCGCAAGGAUGAGGACAAGCGCCGCCUGAUCAUCGAGGAUGAGCGCAGGAGGCUGCUUCGUGAGCACGGACAAGAGCUCAAGAAGUUCCUGCCAAAGCACACUCUGGAAAGCAUGGAGGACUACAAGCUACUUUUCGGUGAAGACAUGAUCUUGCCGGAGCACUUCAGUUUCAAACACAAUUGGCAGAACAAAGCGUUGCCAACCAUGAGGUGUUCAACUACAUGCAAGCCUAUGCACUGCCUGCUCUGCAUCCAGUGA